UUCACUUUUAGAAUUUUAAAAGUGGAUUUGUCGUGAUUAUUGUUUUCACUGUGUGUUUUCCACGGGAAAAAAUGUCUCGUAGUGGAAUGGUUUCGGUGAAAACAAAGCAAAUUCCCCGAAUAUUUCAACGUCAAAAAACAAACAAGCCUCUCUCGUUAACCUCGUUUAAUAGCCCCGAGGAUGGAAUUUCUACCCCAGAACAGACAGAAAAUUCCCAUAGCGAUUUAUUUCCUGGUUCGUCUUACGAUUAUGAACAUGUCGAAGAGGAAAAAGUUAAAAAAGGAAAAAAAUCUGCAUCUUCGAAAUCAACAACAAAGGAAUUUCCUGAAAAAACGUGGAAUGCGAACUGUCAGAUAAGCGACGACAGUACUGUUAUACAAAGUACACAUUCAACCCAAAAAACGGCAGAUGCCGAAACAGUGGCGAACAUUGAUAAAUGGCUCAAGGUUCGCACAGAUUCUGUCUCAAGCAUGGAUCUUGAAUCUAUGAAACCGGAAGGCAGUGUUCCCAGUUAUCUGGGCAAUGAACUCCAGCACACUUUUUUGGUCAAAGAUUCCGAUCUUGCGAUUGAUAUCGAUUUGUCCGACAAAAAACUGAAUCUCGCCUACGAUCCGAUCCUUCACGAGCUUCAAAAUGAAAAAUUACUCGACACCUGCACCAGUGACGAAUUCCGAAUACCCGGAUUGCAAUAUGAUCCCCUGGAUCCACUUGAACUCGCCCCGGACAUGAUGGUCGCUGGUGAAAUUCUCCCAUCAACAAGCGCUCUCCCAGUUUCCUCCCUAAAUGUUGUCAAUGAUCCAAAUGAGUGCGUUCGCCUGCAACAGGUGUCUUCGCUCAACCUGGAAACUGAUAUCGAUCUCUGCGACAAGUCCACUCAAGUCUACGUUCGCGAUUUCGAUCGAAACUUGUCAAUAAAUUCCCAACUGAUUGGCGAAGUUCAGGCUGAUGAUUUGAGACAGAAUGUUGAGAGUUACAUCAUAGAUGAAAAUUAUCUCGGAGGACUAACAACUGUUGAGUUCAUCAACGAUCUUUCGGAAGCCGGUAUCCGAAUUCUUGAUGAUCGGAAACCGGUGAAAAUGAAGGGCAAAGAGUCGGGCAUUGCAAAAAAGCGCAAGAGACUCGCAGAAAGAAAAGUUGGCCAUGAGAGUUUUGAGAAGGAAGACAAUCCGAUUGAAGAUUCUGAUGGUAUUAUGGCGCUUGUUGCUAUAUCGACCGACAAGGUCUCGAAUAUGACGCAAAUAGUGAUCAACAAUGGGAAGGAGGAGCAAAUUUAUCAGGGCAAAACGUCCGAGUUGAUUCAAGCGACUGGCAAUUUUCCGAGAAUCGAUGCAACAAUGUGGAAUGGGAGUGUUGAUUCUGGAAAAGAUAAUUCGGCGAGCAGUCAUGAUUUGAUUAUAUCGAAUGCUCUUGAGGAUUUGGGUAUUACUGAUGAGGUUUUGCAACCGGUGUCGAAUGCUGAUCAGGGAAAAACAUGGGUCUGUCCGAAGGAUGGCUGCGGUCGACAUUUCAAUCGACUUUAUGCCCUCAAAGGCCAUCUAUUGACUCAUUAUGGAGUUAGGCCUUUCAAGUGCGACUUUGAGGGAUGCGCCUGGGCCUUCUAUUCCGAAUUCAAAUUAAAACGCCACCGAGAAACACACUUGAAGAAGAAGAAUUAUGUCUGCGAGGUGGCAGGAUGUCAGCGGAGAUUCACGACAAUCUACAAUCUCUGGAGUCACAAAAAGUUGCACCAGCGUCCGAAUCGAAUAGUCUGUCAAGUGCCAGGCUGCGAGCAAAAAUUCCAAACGAAAAGAGCUCUCGAGAUUCACAUGAAGUCUCACGAUCAGAGUCUCGCGCCUUACGUUUGCAAGCAUGAGGGUUGCGGAAAGCGCUAUUACAGCAGCAAUGCCCUGAUAUCGCAUCAGCGCUGUCACAGCUACAAAGAUACGGACAUCAAGUGUUCCUGGCCGGGAUGUGGAAAAGUUUUCGACAAACCAUGUCGUCUCAAGGCCCACACUCGCUCUCACACUGGAUGCAAACCCUAUCCGUGUAUGUUCCAGGGCUGUCAGUGGGCUUUCGCUUCGUCCAGCAAGUUGAGACGUCAUCAGAAGAAACACACCAAUGAUCGCAAAUUUAUUUGUGAAGUUGCCACUUGUGGAAAAGCAUUCAUGAGGUCUGAGCAUCUCAAGGAGCACAGACUGACCCAUUCGGAAGGAAGAUACUUCCAAUGUCACAUGUGCGAUUCGCGUUUUUCCGCGAAGAGUAGCCUUUACGUGCACAUAAAGAAGCACCAGUCAAAAACUGAUUCCCCCAAAAAGGAUGCAUCAGAUAAGACUAAAAAUCCACCCAAGGAGUCGCUUCCCUCCUCGGAGGAGAGGAAAUCCGAUUCUUGUGACGAUCUUGCUCGCGAAACCGAGCUUCAGACAAAAAUAAUCAGUCGAGAGACGCUCUCUCGAACGGAUCAAAUCAAGGAUCCGCCAAAAGAACCCAAAACUCUCCAUCAGUGUCCCGUUGAGAUUUGCAAAAGAUCAUACACCUCGAAAGCCACGCUUCGAUCGCACUUGGUGAAAAUGCACGGUAACUUGGAAAAUGAAAUUGCACCGAUUACACCGGAAAAGACCCCUACCACGGAUUCAGUUCCAAACGCUGAUGAUAAUGCCGAUUACAUCGUUUACACCCCCUAUCCGAUCUCUCAGAGCGAUCAGAUGAUUAUGGUUUCGCCCUACGAUGCCGUAAUUUUCAGCUCAUCGCCUGAAACUAAUGUUCUUCUGGAGCCGGAGUCUCCGAGGCUGACUUCCGUUUUAAAACGGAAGCAGCCCAAUCAGGGGGAAAAGCAUCGUCGAAGGGACCAGGGAUCAGCGAGAACGGGAUUGACGUAUGCCGAUUAUUUUAAACUGAAGGCUCAUAAUAGAAAUUCCCAAUCGGCUGUUGGUGCAACUGACGUGAUUCUAGGCUCGGCUGAUCUUGGAGAAGGUCUUCUAUUGACGGAAGAUCUUCCUUCUUCGUUGUACUUUCAGGAUGACCUUGAAGGGACUGAGUGCCAGGUUCUUCUACUUGAUUCAGGAGUUGUAUGUGAUUUUGUGUAAGUUGAGGCAAAAAGAAAAGAAGAAGGUAAAGUAGUUCAUUGUGUGGAGGCACCCAUAGGUGAGACGGGUGCCUUCACACCGAAAAUUUUUAAAGCAAUUUUAUAUUGUAAUACUUGAGAGAGAGAGAGAAAAUCGUUUCAUUUGAUGAAAUGCAUACUAAUGCUUUAGUAGAUUGUAAGAUUAGGGUUUAUAUACUUUUUAUAAAAAGGACGAGAGAUAUUGAGUUCGUGAUAAAGAAACUGACUUGUAAAAAUAGAAGAGACGUAUUGUUUAAUACUAUUUUUUUUCUUUCUUUUUUUAAAGAAUUCACUGACAAUGUGAGUAUUAUCUAGUUGAACAUUUUACUAUGAAAAUUCAUCUUAAUCUAAUUUUUCUAGUUGUUUGCAGCAAUACAAUCAAAACUGAAAAAAAAUUGGUAUUAAGCACUUAAUGUUCAAAGAGAGAUUUCUGUGAUUUUAGCUAUUACGUAAAGAUAUUAAGGCAUGGCCCUUUAUGAUAUUGAUUUUUCGCUUUAAUUCUUUGAAACAUUAAAUAUUUUUUCAACUUUUUUCGAAUUCUUUUUCUAUAGUUGAGGAAGAAUUUUCUGGAUAAUUGGUUGUGUGACGCAGAAGACAUUAGAUCCGCGCAGAGUGAGGAAAAAGUGGAAUAUUUUGGUGAAAAAAGUUUCAGAGGUAUUUUUUUAUGUUAGUUAAAAUAUUCAUUUA